AUGGAUAUUCCAAAGUAUAAUGGGACUAUGCAUCCUGAAGAAUGGAUUCGACAAAUUAAAGCAUCUUGUUAUUGUAGCAGUAAUAUAAUCAACGACUUUGUACAUGCAUAUUUAUGUAAACAAUUGAUUCAUCCUGCAAUUAAAAUUCCUUCUAUUAAUACUCAUGUUUCUUUUACUAUUUUUAAAGAAUCCUGUAAAAGAAAAUUGCUAACAUUAAAAUAUAUUCCUGAAAAGAAUGGUGGUAAUACAGCAACUUUUCUUGCUAACUUUCAAUCUCUUUGUUAUAAUGCAGAAAUUAAUGAUAUUGAAGAAAUUAAAAAUAUUUUUCAAAAGAGUAUAAUUUAUGACGAAUUUUUUAAUGAUGAAUUCUUAAAAAAGGCGAAGGAAAUUAAUUCAAUGGAAGAACUGUUAAAAUUAUUUGGCGAUAUAACAGCAGAUGAAGCAAUUUUAAUUAAAAAUGACUCUUGUAUUGCUAUAAAACAUGCAGCCACUGGAAAAUAUUUGAAUAGCGCAUCAAAUUUGAAUUAUAAAACGGGUACAUCACAACAAGCGGUAUUUGCUGGUAAAACUUCUCUAGAACAAAAUGCGUUAUGGAUCGUUAAAAGUUCGAAUCAAUCGAAUUUUGUUUUAUAUGAUGGUGGAAUUUAUUUGAAUCAUAAAAUGACUGACAAAUCGUUGAUAUGUUGUAGUCCAUAUAAAUCUCCUUUGUCUAAUCAUACAGAAGGUAAUUUAUAACUUUAUUUAUUUUGUAGUAAUAUAAUAGUAUACUUGGAAACUGAAAGGGUAUAAUUCAACAAAUAAUUGUAUAUACGUAAAAUCCCAAGAUAGAAUUAUUCUACAAAUUAGUGGUAAUAAGAUUUUACGAAGUCAUGAACUUGAAUUCAACCUUAAUGAUAAGUCAUUUCAAGAAGUUGUCUGUCAUGACGAAAGAAUUGGCGGGAAUGAUGAG